AAUGAUAUAAAGCUCCAUCAAGGCUUGAUACUUGAGCAAACGAUCCAGAUGUCAACUGAGAAAAUUGAAGGACUCGAGAGAAGCCGAGAAGCUGUGCAGGAUAGGUACAUUCGAAAUGGCGGCCAAAAAAACCAUUUCUACAAGACUGCAAUUCAACACUUUUCCAAGGGUCAAAAGCUUGCAAUGCGAUGCACGAGAGUGCCGUCGCAAGGCUGUUCAACUUCUAAAGGAAGCAUAUCUAAUGGACGAGGACGCGAUGAUCGUCGCUUCCCAUCAGAGGGGAAUAUCAUGGAGGCAAGUCAGAGAAGCCUACGACGUCUCCCGCGCUAUUUCCCUUGAUUUCGCAUCCAAAAUAUAUGCAACUCUUCCCCGCGAACUUCGAGACAUGAUCUACAAGCAAUGUUUUCCCGAGCGCGUUAAAGUUGAACUUGUCUACUACCAGCACGAAGUUAGGGACAUGAUGGGUCGACCAAAUUACCUAUUUGCCAAUUGGGUAGGAGAGAAUGUCGCUAAAGAGGCCUUGGAGGCCUUCUACAAGAAUGUCAUGUUUGAAUUUGACUCGCGUAGUGAACCCGAAAUAUCAUUAUGGGGAUCUCUACAUAGCGAUGCCUUCGGCUUUGGAAUUUUCCCGAUACGAUAUUUACGGCAUGUCUGCCUCUCGGUGAAGGAUGAUCAGGAGAUGGCUAAGUUUCCGGACUACGCCAUGGACAACGAUGCUUAUGAGGGUUCUUCAUCAACACUGAAACGCCGGCUCUCUGGCGGCCGUCCCCUAUCCUUUAAUGAUCGCAUGCGCCUCUUUCCCGUAGAGUGUGAUAACACAAGACGCCGCCUACAUCUUCUCACCAUGAUGGAUUUCAAGGCCACUCUCAGACUGGAAGUUGGACCGAGUUCAGAACCACCAGAGCUCCGACAUCUUCUCCAUAUGUCUUCGAACUCCGUGAACGAGGUUGGAACGUUACUGUCAUGAAAUUCAACUUAAACAAGGACCCGCUCGAUUGUGCCUGCGACAAACCUCGUUGCGCCCAUAGUACCGUAUCUCCUGGAGCUGACCUAACCUCCUGUUUCGACAGUCCUACAGAUGAGGAUCGGAAAGUUGUAUCUAAG